AUGGCGCUCCCAGGAAGACCCAAGAGGAAUUUCUCUUCGACGAGUAUCGGAGCAGCUAUAGCUCGCAACCUUGCUGCCAAAGGAUGCUCUCUUCUCCUUGUCUACACAUCCGACUCCUCCACGGAACCCACCAACGCCCUGUGUUCCGAGCUGUCGAGUGAACAUGACAUCCUCUGUGUAGCGGUGCAAGCCGACCUGGCCGAACCUUCACGCAGCGCUCCCUUGAUCCUAGCCACGGCCAAGAACCACUUCUCGCAUCCUCGAACAGGUGCAUUUCGAGUCGACAUCAUCAUCAACAAUGCAGGCAUUGCAGGAAACAAGCUAUUGAAUGACCCCGAACUGGGACCGAUUGAAGAGACGCAGUUCCAUAAGCAGUACAAUGUGAAUGUAUUGGCGCCGCUGUUGCUCGUCCAAGCAUGUCAGCCAUACUUGCCGAAAGACCGAUCCGGGCGAAUCGUCAAUGUCUCGAGCGUGUCUGCAUCCAUCGGUUGCGAGUCGCAGUCGAUAUAUGCAGGGACAAAGGCCGCCGUUGAAGCCAUGACGCGAGUGUGGGCGCGAGAAUUGGCCGAAAACUGUACGGUCAAUGCCGUCAAUCCUGGACCAGUCUGGGGAGACAUGUACAGCCAGGCUGGAGAGAAAUUCUGGAAAACCAACCAGAAAUAUGUCGACAGUGCUCCAUUGAUGGAAUACACUGGAGACGAUGCAAUCAGAGCUCGAGCGGGCAUAGAUCCAAAAGAGUACGACGACAUUGUCAUCAAAGGGAUGGGUGGGAAGAGACCAGCCUUCCCCGAUGAGAUAGCAGGUGUUGUGGGAAUGCUUUGCUCAGAGGAGAGUGGAUGGACGACGGGGAGUGUGAUUUGUGCCAAUGGAGGGAUGAAGAUGUCGAUAGCAUGA